UUAAAGAACACGAACUCCCCCCCCUUUCUUUCAACCCCAUUCUUCACUCGUUUGAUUUUGUUUUCCAGAAACCCCCACUCUCGUUUUUUUAGUAUCUCCCCCAUUUCCUUCUCACGAUGAAGGUAAGCUUCAGCGGCUCUGCCGCUCUGGUUGCCGCCCUUGCGCUGGCCUCCAAUGUCGCCGCCGAUCCGUGGUUCGUCUAUGAACGCCAAAUUACUUCGGACGAUUUCCCCAGCGCAGCGCCGACUCCCGGGCCCUUGACGACUGCUCCGUUGUCAACCGGAAGCAGCUCUUCUAGCAGCAGCAGCAGCAUUUCUUCGAAUAGCAGCUCUUCGUCAAGCUCCUCGAGCUCGUCCAGCUCUUCCAGCUCUUCCAGCCCGUUGACCUCUUCGAGCUCUUCGAGUUCCUUGAGCUCCUCUGCUCCCUUCACUUCGGGCCCGUCCAAUUCUUCUUCUUUCUCUUCUUCUUCUUCUGCUCCCUUUUUCACUUCUACUCCGUCCAAUAACUCUACUACUCCUCCCCCCUCUUCUACUGCUUCUCCGACCAAUUCCUCUUCGAGCUCGAGCUCGAGCUCGUCCAGCUCGUCCAGCGCCUCUGCCUCUGCUAGUGGUUCGAUUGUCCUGCAAAUUGGUGCCACCAAUGCCAAGCGUCAAGUUUCAAGCAGCAACGGAGGUUUCGUUGGCGCCGGUGGAUCUGUUGUCAACAGCUGUCAAGCAGCAGCUAAAUUGCAACCCCAGAACGGUCAGCUUACUGAUGGUAAUGGCGGUGCAGUUUCUGCCGCGAGAGGUUCUGGCAGUGUCCCUCUGGCCGCCUCCAAUCCUGCUCAGGAAGUCUCUACCACUUUCAGCAACGGAGGUGGGCUCAGCUGGUCCAAUGGUGGUUUCUCCAAUGGUGCUGCCAGCUUCUGCCAAACAAGUAAUACCGUUUAUGCAGUUCUCCAAUCUGGCUCUGCUCCUGCUGGUUGCAAUCCUGUCAGUUUGACCGUCGUCCCUGGUAUGUAAAAAAAUCCUUUCUGUCCAUAUUAGCCUGCAAGACCCUCUGACAAUAUAUACAGCUAACCAAUGUACCGAUGGUACCGGUGGCAACACUAAUAAUAACGACAUCAAUAAUGCCAACGACGUCAACGUCAACAAUCCCAACACCAACACCAACAAUAACACGA